GCAUUUGAGGGCGGAGCUGUCUGACUCUCUGUGUGUGUGUGUGUGAGUCUGCCGUGUUGUAGUAGUGGUGAGCAGUGCAGCAGCAGCAGCAGCAGCAGCAGCAGCAGCAGCAGAAGCUGGAGGGAACUUGGCUCCAGCAGCGAUGCAGUGACACUCCUCUGGACGACACAGACACAGAAGAGGAGGAGGGGAAGACGGAUGCGCUCCCUGCGCGACCAUGGCUCCGACUGGCUCGCGCAGUGUCAAGCGUGGCUGCAGGAGAGUUGUCUACUGGAUCCCGGUGCUCUUCAUCGCCCUCAUCGUGGCGUGGUCCUACUACGCCUAUGUCCUGCAGCUGUGUUUGGAGUCCAUCGAGGAUACGGGACAGAAAGUGGUGUAUCUGCUGGUCUACCACGUGGUCUUCGUCAUGUUCGUCUGGGCCUACUGGAAGACCAUCUUCACCAAGCCCAUGAACCCGCUGCAGGAGUUCCAGCUGUCCCGCUCGGACACAGAGCUCUUGGAGCGGGAGGACCGCGGGGAGUCUCAGCAGGAGAUCCUGAGACGCGUGGCCAAAGACCUGCCCAUCCACACGCGCACCAACUCUGGAGCCAUCCGCUUCUGCGACCACUGCCAGCUGCUGAAGCCUGAUCGAUGCCACCACUGCUCCGUCUGCGAUAAGUGCAUCCUGAAGAUGGAUCACCACUGUCCCUGGGUGAACAACUGCGUGGGAUUCUCCAACUACAAGUUCUUCUUGCUGUUCCUGGCCUACUCGCUGCUCUACUGCCUCUUCAUCACCGCCACGGACCUGCCCUUCUUCAUCAAGUUCUGGACGGUAGGCAGAAGGUGGAGGAGGAUGAAGGCUGGAGGUAGAGCUCACUUCCGUCUGACAGAGUAUCUGAACGGCCUCCCAGACACGCAGGCCAAGUUCCACAUCCUGUUCCUCUUCUUCUCUGCCUCCAUGUUCUCGGUCAGCCUGGCCUCGCUCUUCAUCUACCACUGCUGGUUGGUCUGCAGAAACCGGUCCACGCUGGAGGCCGUGCGAGCCCCGGUGUUCCGCCACGGCACGGACAAGAACGGCUUCAGUCUGGGAGUCGGCAAGAACUUCAGACAAGUGUUCGGGGAUGAGCUCAAGUACUGGCCCGUCCCUGUGUUCUCCAGUUUAGGCGACGGUUGUUCCUUCCCAACAUGUCUGGUGAACCUGGACCCCGAGCAGCCGCGCUCCCCCAGCGGCUCCGGCCUCGCCAGCCACAGCUCAGCUGAGGGCCGCCACUUCCCCUGCAAACCUCUGAGGGGGAGCCAGAGUCGCCUGCUCAUCGCCGCCCCCUCCUGGACAGACGCUGACACGGACCGGAAGGGCUCCUCCAACCCUGGGAUGACCGUGGAGAACGAAGCGUAACGGACAGCGAGUUUGUGUCCGAGUCGUCCCAUCCGCCGUGCGACUCCUGGACGCUUCAGUCCAAAGGCUCUCAUCACAGGAGUGAAAGAAACAAGAGACAUGUUUGGCUCGGUGUCAGGAAAAUGGGAAAUUAGUUUCACACGAAAAAGGUCGUCUGAGAACGGCCGAAAAAAAAUGUACCUCUGGCUGGAUUUGGUCCCCGAGCCUUGGGUUUGAAAAACUAAAAUAUGGCUUGGAGGAGCAGCUGAGGCCUGCGCUCCGCUCAGGAGGUUCUGGAGCAGGCCGAGGGGACUCCGGUUGGAGGCAAGGAAAACCCUGCUGCCAUCCCUGGGUCAUGAAUGUAAGCUUGUUUCAAACGAAACCAAAACAUCAAGGCGUCACCAAUAUUUUUGUAUCUUGCUGUUGUGACUCCCAAUGUGCUGUUUAAGGUCAUGCCUUGGAAUAAAAGAGCUGGUGCUGUUUCCAGUGCACUCCAGUAGAAAAGCCUCCAGGCCUUUAUUUACCAAAGAAGCUAAAAACCAUCCUCUUGCCGACCACCUUUUACUGCGUCAGCCAUCAGCUGCGCCAGUCAACAACCCGCUCCAAGGUGGCGCGGCAGGGAUCACAUGACCAGGCAUGCACCUGUUGUUGCAGCGAGCACCUCACU